AUGUCAUCUUUCCUCUCUAUCCUCCAGGAAGCCAAGGGGAAGCCCAUUUGCAGCCGCAAACCUGCCUCGAAAGCCCCCGCAUCCCGGACGACUGUAAAGAGAUCCAAGAAUGGUCCAACAACUACGCAAGAGGCAUGUACCAAAGCUGAUCAGAUGAUUAUCGAAAGGAUUCUGGUUGAGAAGACAGAAGAGCUGAAGCCUGCUGCUGAUGCACAACGGCCAAUCUCCAUGGAGAAAGGGAAGCGGAAGUACAGUCAAGAGUCUGAUUCUGGAUACUCUUCCAAUUCCGGCACCCCACCUAGACUUCCUUCCUGUACCGAAGGGGAGGGAAUUCGAAUCAGGAAGCGUGUUCGUAUACCUGAUGAUGAGGAGAAGGCAGAAACACCAAAACCUGCCUCACUAACCAAGCAGUCCUAUAUCACGCGAUCCGAGCGCAAAUCAGCAACAAUCCCGCGAGCAACUCCAGCAAAAAGGCCUGUUCAGGUUAGCAGGCCUCGUACGCGUGGAGAAAUGACAAAAACCAAGUCAAAUCAUAAGCUCGUGGGAGAUUCUGACGAAGACGACUUCGUAGUAGAUGACACAAGUUACAAGCCUAGAAAGUCAAAAGUUGGUGCAAUGGUCCGAUCGAACUUGUUUUCAGGUAUGAGAUAG